AUGGUGUCCUUUUUUGGCCUCAAGCUUGGAGGCGAUAGGAAAAAGUCACACGACAAGACCAAGGCCACCACAAAACAGAUUCAGCACCUGCAUCGAACAGAUCAAUCAGACCUCACACCCAAGGAUGUUCAUCAACUCACAGCCAGCAACUUGCCGCUCCCGAGCACCCCCGGCGCCCGCCCUGACACAUCCUCCUCCAACCGCGACCUACAAUGGCAUCGCGCCCCCUACAUGAAUGCCCCGGCGGCCGCUGGAGGAGCUUCCUCCAUGGUUGACCUCGGCGCUCCUCGAGCUCCCGCCAUGGGCAACCCUCGAUUUCACUCAUCCGACGUUAAUCUCAACACGCGCUUCGCCAACGGAAGUUCCACGAGUCUUGUUGCGCCGGGUCCCCUAGGGGGUGGUGGUCCUACGGCGAAUAGACCUGGCACGCCUACACGACCAGGCACCGCGACUUCGAGGAGGGAUGUAUCGGAUAACCCCUUUAAUGUGCACUUUGGAAAGGACUCGGUUAGCAGUAUACCUGGGACACCUAUGGACGACAGCAAAAGCACCUUUGAGCAGUUCGAGUUUGGUCUGGGGGAUGAUGCUUCGAAGGACCACAGCAAGGAGCAGGCCACCAACGGGUAUCCCUCUCCGCCGCCGUCAAUCGUCAACGCUGAGCGACCAUUUUCACCCGCCAGCCAAGAAACCAACCGACCAUCGAGCAGCCGUCGCAACGUACCCGCCCCUAGUGGACUUCGCAACGUCGACGUGGCCGGCCCUAUGGCUCUGCCUAGCCCUGCUGCCUCGGUUGCACGCUCCAGUGAGGAUAUCUGGGAGGCGCCCGUGAUCCGCAAUGUUCAGGCCAAGCGCGAUACCUUGACGUUUCACACACCUCGCCGACAGAGCUUUGCUAUGGAAGUUGACGAGCUUAGGGCUCGUGAGGCUGCUAAGCCGAUGGUGGAGGGACUGGCAGGCAACUUUUCGGGUUUCGACUUUGGAGAGACUGUCAGGAGAGGGAGUGUUGGGAAUAGGAGCUUGGAGACGCCUACGAGCGAGACCUCGGUGAGCCCAACUGACACGACUGUCAAGCCGAGGGCGUUUGGUACGGCGAGGACCGCGAGCCCUCUGAGAACGAUGCAGUCAAGUCCGAGCCUGAGUUUGAGCGAGACGGGAUCGACCAGGGCGCGCAACACGAGCGAUGCGACUUCUCCUCUGUCGACUGUGUCAACUGCUGAGGAUACACCACGCAUCCAGACUCCUCAACCCCCUCAGCACAAGCCAUCUCAGCAGCUUCAACCUUCAAAGGCUCUCCAGCCUGGCCAGAUUCCUCAGUCUUUGCAGGUCUCACGGCCACUCUCACCCUCGCGAUCUCCCCAACCUUCGCCGCUUUCGCAACCUCCUCAACUUCAGAAUCAGUCUCCUCAACCGUCUCCCACACUUCCACCGGACUCGAUGCACUAUCGACAACUCUCGGAUCAAUCUCGCAAGGCCUUUGACCAGUCCUCGUUCAAGUUUCCUGAUCCAGCCGCGACUCUGCAACCUCCUCACUCUGCUCAGCUACCUCCCAGGCAGUAUAUGCCAUAUCAACCUCCCAACUCUUCUCCCCCGACGCGACCACUCCCAUCGCCAUAUCGAUCUCCUACGGCUCCUCUUCCUCCGCCGCCUCAGAUGAACAUCCAACCAAACACGCCCCCGAGUCCAGCUGGCACCUCGGCUGGCACAUCGGCCACACAGCCAGGCUACAUGUCUCGCCCUCUCGACCCUCCACCGCGCGGCUUCCGACCCCGAGUUGACUCAGACCCUCAAGCUCGCCGACCUCUCCGCGUUCCUCCUCCGCUUGUCGACCGCUCUGCUACAGUUCCUGUCCUUGGUGGAGGCCCUCGAAGUCCCUAUGGCCCACCCCCUGAUGAGGGCAACUACUUGCGCUCCGAGAGCUCACCCCGUGCGGCUCCGGAACCACCACGAACUGCAAGCCCCUUCUCCACACGAACUCCCAUCGAGGGUGACUUUCCCAUGUCAAAGGGUCUUCCCCGUGGCCGCAAGCCACCUGGCAUGGAGCCUACUAGCCCUGAAAGCACCUUUGGUCUUGGCCCAAGGAAGCAGCGCCGGCAACGCCCCAUGUAUCCUCCUCCUCGAGCUGAAGCCUCUCCUACACCUGAGUCGCAGCACAAGGAUUCAGCCGAGGGCCAUGGCUACGCUCUCCCCAGCUGGGACGACUUUAGCGGAGCCAAUCCGCACCGCUCGGCCAUGCCUCUUCCUCUCUCGCCCUUCCAUACCGACUUCCCUCUUCAGUCUCCUGCGCAGGCGACGGAUGAAUCGUUGAGUCCUCGCUUUGGAGGGCAGUAUACGUCCUCUCCCAUCUCGCCUACCCCCCCGAGCCUGCCCUCGCCGUCUUUCCCAUCGCUGCAAAAGUCCAUCUCUAGCUCGAGCGAGAAUCUUGCCCGCAGCUUUGACAUGGCUGCCGACGGCAACUACCACAACGCACCCGAGCCGAAUCCCACCAGGCCACUCAUCUCACCCGUCAUGGUUGACUUUGUACCACCCCGAGACCAAAGCGCUACGCGCGUCGAGGCCAAGCGGGCGCCUCCAAGACCGGCUCCCAUCAAGGUCCCGACGACGACGCUGGGUGUCGGACCAGAGUCAGGCAGAGUGCGGACGCCCAACCCUGUCGUGGACGAGUUCAACCCGGGCUUCAUCUAG